UCCACGUUGCAUCCGAUAUCUUCAUGGCAGAGACUGAAGCGGGUAAAGCUGAUGCUUCGAAGCCCGAAAGUCUCGCAGAGCCAAAGGAUGUGAAGGCAGAGAUAGAUCAAAAUGGUCAAGCGGCUGGAUCUGGCACUGACAGACCAGAGACAGAGGAGACAUCUGAGGCAGCGAAGAGCACGCUUCUAGAUGCAGUCGAAGACCCUUCUGGCGAGGCUGACAAAGAUGAUGCCAAAGCACGGGUACAGCAGCUACAAGAGCAACAACGACUCCAGCAGCAAAUGCAGCAGCGCCGCGCGCGUCAGGUCCAAGCUGAGUCCCAGGCUGACUCGGAGCAGCAUUUCACACCACCAGCAUUCCCACCUGCACCUGUUGGGAAGGAUGACUUUCCUUCGGCAAAUCCAGUGCUUGGACAUUUUCAAGGUGCCAUGCAGGCCUUUCCUGACGAGUUCAAGGUUUGGGAUGAGUUUCGUGCUGGCUUCACGCAGUACAUGCUCCACCUGUCCAGCGAAGCGCUUCAGCAGCUUCAGCAUGCUCCUCCAGAGGCUGAUCCUCGAGGGCGCCAAUUCGCAGCUGCUGCAUUGGGUGGCCCUUCCAGUGGUCAGGUCUGCAUCAAUUUGCUGAACGAUGCUUGCACUCGAGGGGCACGAUGUAUCGACAGACAUCCUCCUCGUUCUCAAUGGAAGAGAUUGCGAGAAGAGCUGAAACGAAAAUCCAGUGAGAUCAGCAUGCAAGCCGAGAUGGCCGCCAGCGAGGCGUAGCAGAGCUGAUCCCUGUCUGAGCUUGCAAAAAGACGUCUGUUUGUUAGCCGCAACACUUCCUGCGGCACAUGGUG